GAGUUAUCGCUAUUUUUGCUUUUUUUAAACUUGUAUAGAAAAUUGAGAUUCUUGAAAAUAAAUUGUGCAUCGUUGUCGCAAGAAUAAAUGUAUACACCUUGAGCACACAGCAUAUCGCGCAGCCCUGACACAGUUGACAGUUCUUCAAAACAUAUAAACAAACAUACGCACAUCUACUUUCGGGCAACCGGUGUUUUUUCACCGAUUCAAUAAACCACAUUAGCGUACUAUUUCAGUUCAAUGAAUGAUACAACGUUAAAAUCGAUCGCAAAGAGCUUGGUUCCUGAAAAUUACCUGGCACUGGCAAACGAUGCACGAGCGGAACGUGAUAAAGAAAUCAAAAUGCUGCUCGAACAGCGUAAAUUGCCCAUUUCAGGAUGGAGCGACACGAUGAUCGAAUAUUUGGUAAGCGAGCUAGCUUUGCUGGACAGUAACAAUUUUCCUUCGCGCUGUGGUGUAGGCGAACGGGAAGGACGUGUUAUUUGUGAUCUCGUACGCCGAAGGCAUUACAACUUUUCCCACGGUAUUGGACGUUCCGGAAACUUAACAGAUGCACAACCAAAAGCGGCUGGUUCCACGAUUGUGGCAAAUCUAGCCAACAGUCUUGUGUGUGAUUUGAUCAGAUCGAUUGGCAUCCCGAAUUGUUCCAAGUCCAUCGUUAUUCCUCUGGCUACCGGCAUGACCAUGAUGCUUGCCUUGCGAGCUAUUCAUUCCAAAAGGCCCAAGACACGCUACGUUCUCUGGUCUCGGGUAGACCAACAAUCCUGUUUUAAAGCCAUAUCAGCCGCUGGUUUGAUACCAAUCGUUAUCGAUAGCUUGUUAGCACGGGAAUCUACCGUAACGGAACCAGCAAAGAAGCAGGAUGUCGAUUCGACGUUUUCCAGUGAUUAUUCAAGUUUUGCUUCGAAAAUUGAUGAACUCGGAGCAGAUCAAAUAUGUUGCAUCGUAUCUACGACGAGUUGUUUCGCGCCGCGUAGCAGCGACGAUAUUAUCGAACUGGCCAAGCUCUGUAAAGUGCACGACAUUCCCCACAUCGUGAACAAUGCUUACGGACUGCAGAGCUCAUACUUUAGUCACCAACUCAGUCAAGGCGCUAGAGCCGGAAGAAUUGAUCUGUUUAUUCAAAGCACGGAUAAGAAUCUGCUCGUUCCAGUCGGGGGUGCGAUAGUUGCAGGAUUUACCAACGAUACGGUUGAAGCCGUUGCCAAACUAUAUCCCGGUCGUGCCUCCGGCACACAGUCAUUGGAUGUACUUAUGACACUUUUAUCAUUGGGCAAGAAUGGCUACCACAACUUAAUGAAGGAACGAAAGGAAGUCUACCAAAUGCUUUUAGACGGACUAACGAAUCUGGCUCAAACUCAUGGCGAACGCAUCUUGCCCUGUCGCAAUCCAAUUUCAAUCGCAAUGACGCUGGUAUCGUUCGAAGGGAAAUCCGCCCGUCUGGAAAUGAUUGGUUCCAUGUUACUGAAGCGUGGUGUAUCGGGUUGCCGUGUAGUAAGCACCGCAGAGAGCAAAACCAUCGAUGGUAAUACUUUUCUCCAAUGGGGAUCGCAUAGUUCGAGCGCCAGUGUUCCGUAUCUCACGGCGAGUGCCGCACUGGGCAUUAGGUCACAAGAUGUAACUAAUUUUCUAGCCAAAUUGGAUGAAGUUUUGCCGUCCUGUACUUCCAAUAUCUUAAUGACACGACCCACAAUCAUCGUCCCUCGUUAUCGGCUAUUAAAGUUUUGAAAGUCAUUAAAGCCACUGACCAUGCGCAUGGAGACGACGUCCACAGCCGAACACAAUUACAGCGCCCCUGAGUGUGUAAUAUGAAGUGACCGCCCGUGCACAAUGUAGCCACCUUGGGGAACGUGCGCACAGAUGCACCUGCCGGCCGGAUUUUGGACAUUCGUAUCGCGUGCCCUUUACUCUUCGUACUACUGUUGGUUUUAACUUCAAGUGAGCUCGCAGCACCAGUUGCAUGGCACGUUCUACCCCACUGUGGACGAUUAUCAAUUUCAUCCAGCUCUCGACACCCGAUAAAGAAGGCUUGGAAGGGAAUAAGGAAAACAAAAGACACGUUUUCAGCUUGAAGCUUACAUCGCGUAAGCUUUCAACAUGUUGUGUCUUUCCCGUUCCAUCGUAGGUGUAACAUACGGAGGACAUUUCUUUUUGGUAGGGCAAACUUUUUAAAUUCCUUCUGCCUGAUCGUGGUGCUGGUUAGAUCGUAGUGCUUGUAGCGUGUGUACCAUCUGCCGCACCAAUUCCUUGGAACAGGUUCGUGUUAAUCAUAUCCACACCAGACCAGAUCGGCACAAAUGCCGCGUACCAGCGCACAAUCAAUUUCAGCAGAUCGAUUUCGGAAAAGUGUCGACCAUCGAAAAAUACAAACCAGAAACACACCGAAACUUUACCAGCUGCUCCGACUGUACAAUCCGGUGUACGAUUAAUAGCUUUAUGAUAAUUCACCGAAGCACCAUGUGGCUGCUGGGUUCAUUUUGCUGUGUGCAAUUAAUUUUGUCACCGUAUCGUGUGCCAAUCGGUUUUGUGUCGCUUGUUCGCGAAAUAAACAUAACAAUUAAAACACGGUACCGUUAUUGCUAUAGCCUGCCAGCUGUAUGAUUUGUUUGCUAAUUAAUUAAGUGAUUUGUUCGUUGAGGCGCCAUAAGAAAGUGGACAAGUUUCUGAUUCAUAAGCGUGUUAGGACGAAUUAUUAAACAAGUAAUAUAUUUAGUUUGCAGUUUUGUGUAAAAAAAAAUUAAUAACAAUUGCGUGUUUCGUGUCACGCAAAGCUGGUUAAGCUUUAAGGAUGUUUUUCGAUGAUCUGUGGUUUUGUUUUGUUAUUUACCAUUUUUUUUGUUUUGUUUUUCGGAUAAUUGCUUAUUUAAAUUCUUCUUAUUCUUUUACUCUAGGGGGGGGAAUCACUUCACACGCACCCUUCCUUCCUUAAUCGGGUUGCGGUUUAUUCGGUUUUUGGGCCAUUUCGGCAAGUUGCUUCUUCCGUUGCCCUUCGAAAGCUACAACAAGUUGCGCCAUCUUAUUCCCUUGAACCUUACAUUUUACGUGCCAUCGAAGAUGCCGCGGCAGCUGCCGAUCAGUUUUUUUUUUUCAUUUUUUGUUGUUUCAUUCAACCAUCUCCCCAUCCUUGAAGUUGUUGCCGUUCGUGCAAACGUACCGAGUUUUGUCCGCACACCUUUAAGGGUCGAACAUUUUCGUGGUCUUGUGUUUUCAUGCGUUUUUUUUGACCAACCGGUCUCUUUUUUACCUUCCGUAUAUGAUGGUAAGCGUAAAGAGAUCGAUGUCUUCCGCGGGGAAAGAAGACUGUUUUUUUACGUUUCGUUUCGUGUACUGCUGGUCAAACUCAACGGAACCCGGUGGUAGUUGUUGCUUCAAAAAACACGGUUGCAACCCUCCCUCGUCCUUGAUUCUGUCCUUUCGCGCGAUCCUCUUCCUUUCCUUCCACUGGGAAAGGUUCGACCAGCGUAAUGGUGGUGAUGAUUAUGAUGACGGUGGUACGUCUGCCGUAUGUUUAAGUCCAUGUCCACCAGGCACUUCCUGCAUCACGUUGCAGUGGUCCGCUUUCAACUCUCGCUAGUUGCUACAGGUUGCUUCAGUGAGGACGCGUUUUACAGGGCCAUCUUCAACAAAUGUGGAUGUGCCGGUGUCUACGGGCAGAUAGGUUUUUACGAUUUUCUUUACCCUUCAAAUGACGCCAACUUAUGCUGCACACCCAUGUGGAUGUGGGUUAAAGGAAAUGGGCUUCGUGUGUUAGAAUGAUAGCACUUCCUACUAAUUUUUUUAUUCCUGUUUUCCAGCACUUUAAAGCACGGAUAACUCUCGGAUACGUUGAUCGCAGACGAAAGAUCAGCAAUUUGAGUGUUAUUUCUCAACAGAACCUGACGAUCGUUAAGAUCUUAGCUUUACUAGCAGGUCCUCAAGCUUACAGUGGUCUGUGACAGGUGGCACAAUUGCACCUGGAUUCAAACGGAAAAAGGAAUAUCUGCUUUUUCCGUGUGGCAUUACAAUUACAUUUCAUCACAU